CGAGGCUCCUUCCCCUCCUCUUGCCGCUCGAGCCGUCUCGGCGGUCACUGAGGGAGGCGGGAGGCGGGAGCGGGGCGAGGUCCACGUUAGUUCACUUCGCUCGAAAAUUAUGAGGAACAGCCAACUCUGCUGUCAGACUCCACCUUCAAUUACCAUCCGCAUGAAAUCUAUAGGAACAAGGUCAAGCCAGCAAAGGAAAGGCACAAAGCUGAAGCAAGCAUGUGUGCAGAAAGCUCAGAAAAUCCACGGAAAGAAUAUGCAUUUAAUUUCAAAGUCCAAACACAUUCGAGGACCUUGUCUCAUUAUUCAGCGCCAAGAAAUGGCAACUUUCUUCAAAUUAUUUGACGAUGACUUAAUCCAAGACUUUCUGUGGAUGGAUUGCUGCUGUAAGGUCUCUGACAAGUAUCUUUUAGCCAUGACCUUUGUUUAUUUCAAGAGAGCUGGUUUUGAAAUAAGCGAACAAACUAGAAUGAAUUUCUUUGUUGCUUUAUAUUUAGCCAAUACCAUGGAAGAGGAUGAAGAGGAAUACAAGUAUGAAAUCUUUCCAUGGGCUCUUGGAAAGAAAUGGAAGAAAUUAUUUCCAGAUUUCUUAAAGCGGAGAGAUCAACUUUGGGCAAAAAUUAAUUAUAGGGCAGCUGUGAGCAAGCGGUGCUGUGAGGAGGUUAUGGCAAUUGCUCCAUCUCAUUACAUCUGGCAACGAAUAAGACCGCUACACCACAGUGGUGCCAUCAGAAGAUACACCCAAAAUGAAGUCAAAAUACCUCGGGGUCCAUGUUGUACACCUGUUCAUUGUUCGCUCUGUACCCAGAAGGAGGAUUACCUCAGCAUGUAUAUAUCAUCAUCUUCCUCUUGUGAAAGUCUAAUUGUAACCAAGAAAGAUUUGCAACAGAGUAAUUCUGAGCAGCAAACAGAUGACAUGGAGUCCACUAUUUGCUAUCCUACAAUGGACAAUCAAACCAUACAAAAUAGGGGAAGAAAAUACAACCCUGGUGUAAAGGACCGAUCCAUGGACUGGUUUAAUGGAAAUGAGGAGUGAGGAGUGAGGAGACAUUGCAAAUAAUGUUGGAUUCAUGCCACAAAUGUGCUGAAGUGAGGGGGGAAAUCCUACAUUUAAUAAAAUCAGGUCCCUUCUACUGCAAAAAUACUGGAAAUGUAAAACUGAAUGAUUGAUAGUUCCCUGUUAAUAACCAGCAACAAAGGGACCAUUUCUUAACAAGCUCACAGUGACUUUCCAACGUGCACAUUAAGAACAGAAUAUUAAGAAACUCUGCUGAUAUAAAUUAAGAUACAACCCUGUACAAAAUCACUACAAAAAUGAAAUGGGUUUUAAAAACAACUUGUAUUUUCAUGACCAGAUAGUCACCAUCACUGUAGAUGUGGUUAAAAUAUUCUGGAGCUGCACAGUGAUUAUUAGAUUGAAACAGGUAGGUUUGAUUUGGGUCUCAUGCUUGUAAGUUUGAUUGGCAUUUUUCUAUUUUUCAUUUUUAUUGGAUGGUUACUAUUUAAAGUCCU